AAGGCAUGCGAAAGAGAGCAAGUAGAAGAACUAGCCUACUUCAAACUUUUUACUCUAUCACACUCAUACCAAUGUUCUCUCUCUCUCUACACGCGCGCACACAUUCAUCUCUAUGCUGUCUUCCUCUGUGGACUCUGUGAUUCUCUCUCCUACAGCCUUCAUUAGCACGAUCAAAUGCACAUUCUGAUCCUCACUUUUUCUUCCUCGUUUCUCCUCUUUUGUCCCGCAUAUAUUACGCCCAACCAGUACACCGUUUCUCCUCGUGAAAGCUCAAACUCACUCCCUCUCUGGUACCCAUCCAUUAACAACAAUGCUUCUCCUUCUCCUUCUCUUCCUCCUUUCUGGUCCGCCUCUCACCGUCUCUCUCAACCAAGAGGGCCUUUACCUCCAAAGCCUCAAGAACUCCCUCGAAGACCCGGACUCCGCCCUCUCUGCCUGGAACGAACGCGACGGCGCCCCAUGCAACUGGCCUGGGGUUACUUGCGACCCCAUUUCCCACUCCGUUCACUCCCUCGACCUCUCCAACACCAACCUCGCCGGCCCUUUCCCUUCCCUCCUCUGCCGUCUCCCCAACCUCGCUUUCAUCUCCUUCUCCAACAACUCCAUCAACUCCACCCUUCCUCCCGACGUGUCCACUUGUCGAAGUCUCCAACACCUCGACCUCUCCCAGAAUCUUCUCACCGGUGAGCUCCCCCACACCCUAGCUGACCUACCCAGUCUCCGGUACUUAGACUUAACCGGCAAUAAUUUCUCGGGAGAUAUACCAGACACCUUUGGGCGGUUUCAAGAACUCGAGGUUCUCUCCCUGGUUUACAAUCUUUUGGACGGGACCAUUCCGGCGUUCUUGGGAAACAUAAGUACUCUCAAAAUGCUUAACCUUUCUUAUAACCCGUUUGUCCCCGGUGGGAUCCCGCCGGAGCUUGGGAACUUGACGAAUCUCGAGGUGAUGUGGCUCACGGACUGUAACUUGGUGGGUGAGAUUCCUGACUCAAUGGGCCGACUCAAGAAACUCACCGAUUUGGACCUGGCGCUGAAUGCUUUGCACGGUCCGAUCCCCAGGUCUCUCACUGAGUUGAGCAGCGUGGUCCAGAUUGAGCUCUACAAUAACUCAUUUUCGGGCGGGUUUCCUCCCGGGAUGUCCAACUUGACUGCAUUGCGGCUGCUCGACGUGUCGAUGAACGAGUUGACAGGGACGAUUCCGGAUGAGUUGUGUCGGUUACCUCUCAAAAGCCUCAAUCUUUACGAGAACCGAUUAGAGGGAAGCUUGCCUGAGAGUAUUGCCAACUCGACGGGCUUAUACGAGCUCAGACUGUUUCGGAAUGGACUCACCGGCGAGUUACCCAAAAAUCUCGGCAGGAACUCGCCACUUAAAUGGCUCGACAUUUCGAGCAACCAGUUUUCCGGCGAACUUCCGGCUGCUUUGUGUCAGAAGGGGGCGCUGGAAGAGCUUUUGAUGAUAUACAACCAAUUGUCGGGUCCAAUCCCGGCGAGUCUUGGCGAGUGCCAGAGUUUGACCCGUGUCCGUUUGGGUUUCAAUCGGUUUUCCGGCGAAGUACCGGCUGGCUUUUGGGGUCUCCCACGCGUGUCUCUGCUCGAACUCGUUGGGAACUCUUUCUCGGGCCAAAUCGCGAAGACAAUUGUUGGUGCGGCAAAUCUUUCCAGUUUACUCUUGUCUACGAACAAGUUUUCGGGUCCGAUACCAGAUGAGAUUGGAUGGUUGGGUAAUCUGGUUGAGUUUUCGGGUUACAAUAAUAGUUUCAGCGGGUCAUUGCCUGGGAGUAUUGUGAAUCUUGAGCAGCUUGGGAUUCUUGAUCUUCACAACAAUGAGCUUUCUGGAGAGCUUCCAAGUGGAGUUAAAUCUUGGAAGAAGCUUAACGAGCUGAAUCUAGCAAAUAACAAGUUUACAGGGAAGAUACCCGAGGAGAUUGGGAGGUUGUCUGUGCUUAAUUACCUUGAUCUUUCAAGAAAUCAAUUUUCUGGGAAAAUCCCACUUGGAUUACAGAAUUUGAAGCUCAAUCAGCUCAAUUUAUCAUACAAUCGACUAUCGGGUGAGCUUCCCCCGUUGUUUUCCAAGGAAACGUAUAUGAAUAGCUUUGUGGGUAAUCCUGGUUUGUGUGGAGAUUUGGAGGGUUUGUGCAAUGGGAAAGAGGAAGCUAAGAGCAAUGGUUAUGUUUGGUUGCUUCGGACAAUUUUUGUCGUUGCUGGGCUAGUGUUUGUUGUGGGCGUGGUUUGGUUUUACUUAAAGUACAGGAACUUCAAGAUGGCGAAGAGAGAAAUCGACAAGUCGAAAUGGACGUUAAUGUCGUUUCAUAAACUGGGCUUUAGUGAAUACGAGAUAUUGGAUUGCCUUGACGAAGAUAGUGUGAUUGGUAGUGGAUCUUCCGGGAAGGUGUAUAAGGUUGUGCUAAGCAGUGGCGAGGUUGUUGCGGUGAAGAAGCUUUGGGUCGGGCUGAGGAAAGAGUGUGAGAGUGUCGAUGUUGAGAAAGGUCAUGUUCGCGACAAUGUCUUUGAUGCAGAGGUUGAGACUUUGGGAAAGAUUAGGCACAAGAACAUCGUAAAGCUAUGGUGUUGCUGCACCACCAGGGACUGCAAGCUAUUGGUUUAUGAGUACAUGCCUAAUGGCAGUUUGGGUGAUUUGCUGCACAGUAGUAAAGGAGGGUUGCUGGAUUGGCCAACGAGGUACAGGAUUGCUUUGGAUGCGGCUGAGGGACUUUCUUAUUUACAUCACGAUUGUGUUCCCCCAAUUGUCCACCGAGAUGUGAAAUCGAACAAUAUUUUGUUGGAUGGGGAUUUCGGAGCUCGUGUGGCAGAUUUUGGAGUGGCUAAGGUUGUUGAUUCGGCCGGAAAGGGACCUAAAUCCAUGUCAGUCAUUGCUGGAUCCUGUGGGUACAUUGCUCCAGAAUAUGCGUACACGCUUAGAGUGAACGAGAAGAGCGACAUAUACAGUUUUGGCGUUGUGGUUCUUGAGUUGGUCACAGGGAAACUCCCGGUUGACCCCGAGUUUGGGGAGAAGGAUUUGGUGAAGUGGGUCUGUACCACAUUGGAUCAGAAAGGCGUGGACCACGUUCUUGAUCCCAAAGUUGAUUCUUGUUACAAGGUAGACAUGUGCAAGGUGCUCAACAUUGGCCUUCUCUGCACCAGCCCUCUCCCAAUCAAUCGUCCUUCCAUGAGACGGGUGGUGAAAAUGUUGCAAGAAGUGUGUCCUGAGAACCAGUCCAAGAUGCCCAAGAAAGAUGGAAAAUUGUCUCCUUAUUACUACGAAGAUACCUCAGAUCAUGGAAGUGUAGCUUAAGAGCUUGGGUUCAAGUUUUUUACUUUUUAUUGGUUUACAAAAUAUAAUGUAUCCAUGGAUGGGGGAGUGGCAGCUUUUCUUUUCUUUUACAUUUUCUUAAGUUAACUCCACAUAAUUAGAUCCAGUUUGUGUUUGCUUCAAAGAGUGGGGAAAAGUAAAAGAGGGAGUUCAAAAGGGAAAGAGGGAGUGGAUUUUUUAAGUGUAAAGUAAUACAUCCUUGUUGGAUUUAUCCAAAGAUUGCGUAGCUGCUUGCAUUAACUCCUCUUA